AUGGCACCUCACGCAGACUCCCCAGCAAUCGACGAUGAUGUUGAACGUCUACCUGCCCCGCCUCGCCCCUCAAUGUCCGCGAACCCUCCCCGCAUCCUUAUCAUAGGAGCAGGAUCUCGAGGCAAUUCGUACGCCAAAGCUACGGGGCGGUCCUCAAAUGGCGUAGUAGUCGCAGUGGCAGAGCCCAUCAAAUACAAGCGGCAGCGGCUUGGAGAAACAUACAUUUGGGGAAAGGCGGGGUCAUCGGAAGGACAGGAGUUUGAGGAUUGGAAACAAUUCCUCACAUACGAAGAAGAAAGACGGGGGAGAGCUGCAAGAGGAGAGGAUGUACCAGAAGGUGUGGAUGCUUGUUUUAUCUGUGUCCUCGAUGAGAUGCAUAAAGAGGCAAUCGUCGGGCUGGCCCCCCUCGGCCUACAUAUCAUGUGUGAGAAACCUCUGGCUACCAGUUUGGACGAUUGUGUUUCGAUAUACAAGGCUCUUCUUCCAAAUUUGCCAAAUACUGUACCCUCGAAGAUAUUCUCAAUUGGUCAUGUUUUGAGGUAUAGCCCACACAAUAUGUUGCUUCGAAAGCUAUUGCUGGAAGACAAAGUAAUUGGCGAAAUAAUGUCUAUCAACCACACAGAACCUGUUGGGUGGUGGCAUUUCACUCACAGCUAUGUUCGCGGGAACUGGAGAAAAGAGUCUACUACCGCACCCUCUCUCCUCACCAAGUCCUGCCACGACAUCGAUCUUCUUCUCUGGCUCCUCUGUUCCCCACCCCCAAAUUCCACCCACCCAGCACACAUCCCAACCACCGUAACGUCGUCCGGCUCCCUCCAAUACUUCAACAAGACCCGCAAACCAACAGCAGCAGGCACUGCCACAAACUGCCUCUCUUGCCCCAUCGAAGAAUCCUGCAAAUACUCCGCCAAGAAAAUCUAUCUCGGUCCUCAGCUCAAAGGCCUAGCAUCGGGCAACACACACUGGCCUGUUGAUAUCGUCGUCCCCGAGAUCGAAGAAUGCAUAGCGUCCGGCGGACCCCCUGAAGGUGUAUCUGCCGUGACAGCUAGGCUAGAAGAAGACUACACCAACCAGACUCCCACAUCUGAAAUCUCGGCCAAAAACUGGUUCGGACGUUGCGUUUAUGAAGCAGAUAACGAUGUCAACGAUGAUCAAGUCGUGACUAUGACAUGGGACAAUGACCCUUUACCUCAGCCCAAUAAUGAUAAUGAAACGGCUCUCGCUGGACGGGGAGCUAAGACAGCCAUCUUCCAUAUGGUUGCUCACACGAAGAAGAUUUGUGAGCGGUAUAGCCAUAUCUAUGGUGCUGAUGGCGAGAUAUAUGCCGAUAGCGAGACGAUCACAGUCGAGAAUUUCAAUACGGGGGCGAAGAAGAUCUAUAGACCGCAUCUGGCCGGCGGGGGACAUGGAGGGGGUGAUGAUGGGCUCGCGAGACAAUUUAUCUUGGCUGUUGAUGCGGUGAAGAAUCAUGGGGUUGGGGUGGAGGAGGCACAGAAGGUGCAUGUAGGGUGUAGUUUGGAGGAGGUGAUCCGGAGUCAUGCUAUGGUUUUUGCGGCUGAGGAUGCGAGGAAGGGGAGGAAGGUGUUGGAUUUUCCGGCGUGGUGGAGGAAGGAGGUUGAAGGGAGCCUUGUGAAGUAG